AUGGCAGUGUCCUUCCUGAGGAGAAUGAAGCAGGAAGUUCUGGCUGACUGUCUGUAUUACAAAUAUUUUGCUGAAGUUUGUCAACAUAAACUUAAAUCUGCACUAAAGAAGAAGUUCCAGUGUGUGUUUGAGGGGAUCGCUAAAGCAGGAAACCCAACCCUUCUGAAUCAGAUCUGCACAGAGCUCUACAUCAAAGAGGGAGGGACUGCAGAGGUCAAUGAUGAACAUGAGGUCAGACAGAUUGAAACAGCAUCCAGGAAACCAGACAGACCAGAAACAACCAUCAGACAAGAAGACAUCUUUAAAGCCUCACCUGGAAGAGAUGAACCAAUCAGAACAGUGCUGACAAAGGGAGUGGCUGGCAUUGGGAAAACAGUCUUAACACAGAAAUACACCCUGGACUGGGCUGAAGACAAAGCCAACCAGGACAUCCAGUUCAUAUUUCCAUUCACUUUCAGAGAGCUGAAUGUGCUGAAAGAGGAAAAGUUCAGCUUGGUGGAACUUGUUCAUCACUUCUUUACUGAAACCAAAGAAGCAGGAAUCUGCAGCUUUGAAGACUUCCAGGUUGUGUUCAUCUUUGAUGGUCUGGAUGAGUGUCGACUUCCUCUGGACUUCCACAAAACUACAAUCCUAACUGAUCCUAGAAAGUCCGCCUCAGUGGAUGUGCUGCUGAUAAACCUCAUCAGGGGGAAAUUGCUUCCUUCUGCUCGCCUCUGGCUAACCACACGACCUGCAGCAGCCAAUCAGAUCCCUCCUGACUGUGUUGGCAUGGUGACAGAGGUCAGAGGGUUCACUGACCCACAGAAGGAGGAGUACUUCAGGAAGAGAUUCAUAGAUGUAGAGCAGAUCAGCAAGAUGAUUUCCCACAUCAAGACAUCACGAAGCCUCCACGUCAUGUGCCACAUCCCAGUCUUCUGCUGGAUCACUGCUACAGUUCUGGAGGAUGUGCUGAAAACCAGAGAGGGAGGACAGUUGCCCAAGACCCUGACUGAGAUGUACAUCCACUUUCUGCUGGUUCAGGCUAAAAUAAAUAAGGUCAGUUGUGAUGGGGGAACAGAGACAGAUCCACACUGGAGUCUAGAGAGCAGGAAGAUGAUUGAGUCUCUGGGAAAACUGGCUUUUGAUCAGCUGCAGAAAGGAAACCUGAUCUUCUAUGAAUCAGACCUGACAGAGUGUGGCAUCGAUAUCAGAGCAGCCUCAGUGUAUUCAGGAGUGUUCACACAGGUCUUUAAAGAGGAGAGAGGACUGUACCAGGACAAGGUGUUCUGCUUCAUCCAUCUGAGUGUUCAGGAGUUUCUGGCUGCUCUUUAUGUCCAUUUGACAUUCAUCAGCUCUGGAGUCAAUUUGCUUGAAGAAACAACCUCCUGGUGGUCUAAAUUAUUUAGCAAACGAAACCUGCAAUAUCUCCACCAGAGUGCAUUGAACAAGGCCUUGCAGAGUCCAAAUGGACACCUGAACUUGUUCCUCCGCUUCCUCCUGGGUCUUUCACUGCAGACCAGUCAGACUCUCCUAUGAGGCCUCGUGACACAGACUGGAAGUAACUCACAGACCAUUAAGAAAACAGUCCAGUACAUCAAGGAGAAGCUAAGUGAGAAUAUGUCUGUAGAGAAAAGCAUUACUCUGUUCCACUGUCUGAAUGAACUGAAUGAUCGUUCUCUAGUGGAGGAGAUCCAACAGUCCCUGAGAUCAGGAAGUCUCUUCACAGAUAAACUGUCUCCUGUUCAGUGGUCUGCUCUGGUCUUCAUCUUACUGUCAUCAGAAAAAGAUCUGGAUGUGUUUGAUCUGAAGAAAUACUCUGCUUCAGAGGAGGCUCUUCUGAGGAUGCUGCCAGUGGUGAAAGCCUCCAACAAAGCUCUAUUGAGUGGUUGUUUCCUUUCAGAGAGAAGCUGUGAAGCUCUGUCCUCAGUUCUCAGCUCCCAGUCCUCUACUCUGAGAGAGCUUGACCUGAGUAUCAACAACCUCCAGGAUUCAGGAGUGAAGCUUCUGUCUGCCACACUGCAAAGUCCCCACUGUAGACUGGAAACGCUUAGAUUAAGUGGCUGUUUUCUUUCAAGGAGAAGCUAUGAAGCUCUGUCCUCAGUUCUCAGCUCACAGUCCUCUAAACUGAAAAAGCUGGACUUAAGUAACAACAACUUACAGGAUUCAGGAUUGAAGUGUCUGUCAGCUGCACUGCAGAGUCGUCAUUGUACACUGGAAGCUCUGAGACUGGGUGGCUGUAAUCUCUCAGAGAAAAGCUGUGAAAUUCUGUCCUCAGUUCUCAGCUCCCAAUCCUCUAGCCUGAGAGAGAUGGACCUGAGUAACAACGACCUGGAGAAUUCAGGACUUAGAUUUCUGUCUGCUGCACUGGAGAGUCCACAUUGUACACUACAAAUUCUCAGACUGUCUGGGUGUAACCUCUCGGAGGGAAGCUGUGAAGCUCUGUGCUCAGUUCUCAGCUCCUGUUCCUCUAGUUUGGUAUACCUUGACCUGAGUAACAAUGACCUGCAAGACUCAGGACUAAAGCUUCUGUCAGCUGGAUUGAAGAGUCCAAACUGUACACUGGAAACUCUCAGUCUGUCAGGGUGUCUGAUCACAGAGGAAGGCUGUACUUCUCUGGCCUCAGCUCUGAGCUCCAACCCCUCCCAUCUGAGAGAGCUGGACCUGAGCUACAAUCAUCCAGGAGACUCAGGAGUGAAGCUGCUGUCAGCUGGACUGAAGGAUCCAGACUGGAGACUGGACACUCUCAGGGUGGAGCCUGCUGGAGUCCGAUGGUUGAGACCAGGUCUGAGGAAGUAUUCCUGUCAACUCACAAUCGACACAAACACAGUGAACACAAAGCUCCAACUGUCUGACAACAACAGGAAGGUGACACAUGUGAGGAAGGUUCAGUCAUAUCCUGAUCAUCCAGACAGAUUUGAUGUUCUUCCUCAGCUGCUGUGCAGAAAUGGUCUGACUGGUCGCUGUUACUGGGAGGUCGAGUGGAAAGGAGAGAUCAAUAUAUCAGUGAGUUACAGAAGAAUCAGAAGGAAAGGAGAAAGUAAUGACUGUAUGUUUGGACAGAAUGAUCAUUCCUGGAGGUUGUACUGCACUAAUGAUGGUCCUGUUUGCGUCUGUCAUGAUUCCGAAUUCACAUCCCCCUCCUCCUCCUCCUCCUCCUCUGUCUCUAACAGAGCAGCAGUGUAUGUGGACUGUCCUGCUGGCACUCUGUCCUUCUACAGAGUCUCCUCUGACACUCUGAUCCACCUCCACACCUUCAACACCACAUUCACUCAAACUCUUUAUCCUGGGUUUAGACUCUGGCCUCCUGGUUCCUCAGUGUCCCUGUGCUGAGUUGAGUGUAAAGAGUGUCUCCUGUUAGAGAAAUACUCUGACUGUUGAACAGUUCAGUCUGUACAUGUCUGUCUCUUUCACUCACAAACACGUUUUCACAUUCAUGGAUUCAAUCAGUUGAUGUUUGAAACUCUUCUAAAUGAUUCCUUGUAAACUUCUUCCUCUUCAGUCCUUUAAAGAUGGAAGCUCCCAUUAUUCCAGGAUCCACAUGUUGUUUUACUGUCUUUUUC